UUUAAUCCUAAUCCAGGAAUUUUGUGCGUGGGUUAGACAGAAGGAAUAAAAAGUCUAGCACAACGGUGUAGGGUGUAGUGUGCGGCAGUAGACGUGGACAUCAGACUUCUCGGGAUAUAAAGAUAAACGUGCUUUUGACUUCUCUACAACCAUAAUGCUGUUUGUGUUCAUUAUCGUCACUACAUUUGUGUCAUGUGCAGCUCAGAUACAGUGUCCAAGUGGAUACGGAACCUACAAUGGACAAUGCUAUCAUUUUGGGUCUACUGGUAACUGGAGUCAUGCGAAGGCGUUUUGCGCAACCUUCGGUCUUUCAGUGAUGGGUUUCAGAUCGAUUGAUGACAUGAAACCUUUUAUCAAUUCUGAUGCCGCUUUCCUUUGGGUCGGCGCCACGGAUAUCGCUAACGAAGGGGUGUUUGUAUGGGACGACACACGUCAACCAAUCACUGUGGACUUUCAGAACAUCGUUGACAUGUCUUCAAAUACAGAUAGUAACGAUUGCUUGAUUGCUGAAUAUAUUACUUCUUCAGACCUUAUUCAAGUCUAUGCUACAGAUUGUGUAGCCCGCGUUGCUUCUUCUAAUUGCAUGGGAGAACUACACUCUGAAGAAGAUACUACUACUCCCAGCACCACCCAUAGGACAAAAAAACCGUGCAAGAAAGGCUAAGAAGGCAAAAUUUUAAAGAGAGUUUAAACGUGCCCCUGGAAAUCAACAUUUCUUUAACUAUGAAUUUGAACGUCAUGAACUUUUGUUUGUCUUUGGGGCAUAGGCAUACUUUUGUAAUUUUUAAUCCUCUAAAUUCUGAAUAUCUUAAAAAGAAAUUUAAAAACAAAAAAAGCCUACUCUCUUUUGAAAUAAAUGAGUCUCUUAA